UGACUAUCAAUGAAUUACCUUUUAAUGAGAGGAUAAAAAGAGAAAAUACAUUACUCUUAGGCUUAUGGUACGGAGAUAAAAAGCCCAAUGCAAAUAGUUUCAUUUAUAAGUUCCGUGAAGCGUUAGAAGAAAUUAGUAAAGGUAUUCAAGUUCAAGUAACAAUAGGUAAUAAUAUAGAGUUAAAAACUGUGAGAGGUGUACUGUUAAUGGGAACUGUUCAUCUACCAGCCAAAAGUGAUUUUUUAAACUUUAUUCAAUUUAACGGAGACUAUGGUUGUCCUUCAUGUUAUUGUAAAGGUGAAAAUAUUGCAAUUAUUCCAAGAGGUUCGGUCCAUGUUUAUCGCUAUGAAAAUGAACUACAAUUAAGAUCUUUAAAUGAAAGUAUUGAAUAUACUAAUAGAGCAAGUCCUGAUAAUCCUGUCAUGGGUAUAAAGGGACAUACUGCUUUUUCAAAGAUUAUGCCAGAUUUUAUCGAAGGAGUUGCGAUUGAUAGAAUAAUGCAUUGCGUCGAUGGCGGUGUCGUGAAAAAGAUGUUAUUACUAUGGUUCGAUAUUAAAUUUCGACUCUUUCCUUUUUCGUUAUAUGCUGUCAUUGAUGUCGUUAAUAGAAAACUUAUGGCAAUCAAGCCGCCGAAAUAUGUGCAUCGUAUGCCGCGUUGUAUACAAGAUUUACUUCAUUGGAAAGCAUCAGAAUUGAAAACAUGGCUGUUUCAUUAUUCUGUUCCAGUUCUUGAAGGAAUUUUAAGACAAGAUUAUUUCAAUCAUUCUUCCAAUCAUCUCCUUCUCGUAGUAGCAAUAUCAAUGCUAAAUUCCGAACAAAUCAUGUUUCCUAUGAUAAAUAUUGCUCGAGAUUUUUUAAAUAAAUUUGUGCGUGAAUUUGAACAAUUAUAUGGCUUGCAGUUUUGCUCGAUUAACAUCCAUCAAUUACUACACUUAUCAGAUAACGUUAAAAAAGGGGGCCUUUGUGGGUUUUCUCCUGCUUUGAAUACGAGAAUUUGAAUGGUCAGCUUUUAAAAUUAAUACAUGGAACAUGGCAUAUUGAAACACAAAUUGCGACGGCUCAUGAACAGUUUAUAAAAAUGAUUCGAUUAAUAGAUGAAAUGCCUAGAGGUCCCAUUCAUACAUGUUGUUUGAGCAGAAAACGACAAGUAAAAAUUAUAGAGCAAAUAUUUUCAAAUUGUUAUAGUGUUGGUGCUUAUAAGAUAUUACGAAGAUUACCAAAUGUUAUUAUCACUGCAUUGUACAAUUCAAGAAUUCGCAUUGAAAAUAUCUCAUUGUGGCAGUAUUAUAGAUUAUUAAAAAAUGGCUAUUUAUAUGUGUCGCAAAUGUACAAAGCACAUUUACAGACUGAAUCUUCUGUUGUACAGUAUGUGAAUAAUGAAGAUCAAACACUCUACGCAGAAAUUCAGUGCUUUAUCAAAACUGUUCAUCAGAAUUGCAAUGAACAACUCUGUCAACGUGAACACAGAGAAAUACAUUAUGCGAUUGUACAACAAAUUGCGAUCGAUGAUGCAUUCGUUGUUCGUGGUGAUGAUAAUAUAGCCGAUACUAGUUUUUUUUACAAAAAUGUCACAAAACAGACAAUUUUAUAGCUAUUCCUAUUGAAUCUUUAAAAUGUGUAUGCGUAUACCUAUAUGAAGAUCGAUCAUCAAAUGUACAUAGGAAUUCCUAUCAACAAAAAAGAACUGGAAUAAAAUUUUUUUGAUACAUUUAUUACUGCCUAUUUUAUAUUCUAACAUUAAUUGCAUUAGUCUAAAAUAAUAGAAAUUGUUCUCAAUCUGUGGAGUAUUACUUAUCGUUGUAUUAAAUUUUUAUUGGUGCAGAAAAUGUUUUGAUACAUUUUGGAGGUUCAAAAGAGAUUCUAAAGAGGAGGUAGGAGUUGUAAGGACGAAAGUAGAAAUUGUAUAGAACAACAAGAUCUAAUAAAGGCCAAAAGAAGGCGUUAGUAAAUUCAAGAUAGAACUUGUAGGCGAAGGAGCAUUAUUAGAGGCACAAAUGACUAUGUAAGAGGUUCAUAAUAGAUCUUAAAUUUCGACUCGGGAUAUACAGCACAAUUUGUCUCGCAUUUUUACCUUUAUGGUAAUAUAAAAAAAACAUUAUGCACCGGAAAAAUACGUUAUUUUUUUCCAUUUCCAAACUGCUGCUAAAAUAUUUGCGUUUACUGAAAUUUGCGUAAUCGCUUUACUCAAUAAAUAGUUGAAUUGUCACCUUUUUGAGCGUAUAUUUACUUAGUAGAGUGUACUGAAGUAAGCGAAUAUAUAAUUGCAAUAAACGACAUAUGUCUUGCACAAAAAAAGAAGACAAUUAAGAAAAAUUAAUCAAUUUACUAGUAUAAAUAAUGUUGCAUCUGUACUGAUCCAUCCGAUGCGAUUACGGGUUGGAAGAAACUCUUAAUUGUAAAUAAGUGUAAAUUGUAAAUAUUUAUCUGAAAUGUUUUUUGAUAUAUUUACGAGAUCCGAUAAUAAUCAGACGGAAAAAUUGAAACAAAAUGUUACAUAUUAUUACCAUUUUUUCUUAAGAUAAAUAGAUAGCAUGUUGCCCGCAGGUUGCUGUCAAAUUGCUUAAAACUGCUUUGUUUAAGUUGCUUUCAUUAUUAAGGAAAGCGGCUUCCGUUCUUGCCUAUUGGUUUGCCGACUUUUAUUGUUACCAUCGAUUAUGAACAACUUCAUGGCAACAGUUGCCCUCUUAGGAACUGAACUGAUAAUAAGUUGUUGGAAAUUACAAGGCAACUUGACGGAAACAAUUUCCGUCUGAAAUCUUAAUCCGACAAGUUGCCAACAUUUUGAAGGAAACUGUGUAGUUAAAAAGAAAGUUCAUUUAUUAGGGUUCUUUUCUUAGGGUGCUUUUUCAGCUGACGCUCGACGUUCAUUUUUAGCGUCACAAUAGGUCACAUGAUCAAAAUUGACCAUUACUUAUCCAGCGUCAGUUUUGAUCACAUUACCUGUUUUGACGCUACAAAUGAGCGUCGAGCGUCAGUAUCAAAAAGCACCUUCGUAGAAAUUUAUUACUGACAGUAUUACAUUGCCAG